CACUCGCGCAGACUUCCGUGCGGUUUAAAUUACGAAAUUUAUGUAUGGUGUAGGUUUGUAUCUGCAGUCGAGUCUAGUGACCGUACCUAUAGUAUAUUAUAAACUGCUCUUCGGCGGAGUGCUGCUGGAAUUUAGCGAGUAGGGACUAGAUGAAGAAAAAAAAUUAAACGCUGCUAGUUUUGUAAAAUAAAUACAUAAACUCUCGCGUGCACUUACGCGCUGCACAGAUACGACGUCGGUGUCAUUGGCACGUUCAUCUGCACGUGCCCCGUUCAACUUUUCGUAAUAAUAUCGGCCCAAUUAAUCGAGGCGACUUAUGUAUACCUUGUACAUAAUUCUUGAGGGCCGCUUCCGCCCUUACGCGGUCAGGCAGACGACGCGACGUGGACCGCGGAUGCUGGUUCGUCAAUCAACGCGAUUUCUAUCUGGAUUUAAGUGAGAGCGAGGCAUUUUUAUUUUUCGUUUUUUCUCCGUAUCCGUGCAACGUUCGUGCGUCCCGUGUCCUAACGAGCUUUCCUACAGUCUGGGAGGUCAAGUUGGUUCGUUCGAAUCGCUUUUCGGCUGCGCAAGGUCAACGCGAGACGAAGAAAUCCAUAGGUCACCGUUAGUCGGAGUGAACAUACGUUAUAAAAUAACCGUUCCCUGUACACGGUUGACUCGCAAACGCACGUGUCGGAGAAAAGAAAAACAAAUAGAAACCAUCAAAUCGUAUCGGCGUGUGAAGUGAAUUUUUAUCGAGUGGAACAAACGAGAAUCCAAAUGAAAAAUAAAUUUGAUAUCCGAUGAUGUUGUAAACAUUUUUACAUCCGAUCCAUCUGCGAUGUGUGAUAUCGUUGAUUUGAGGUGCAUGAACGGAAGUUAUGUUUAGCGAUGUUAUGCAGCUAACCCGGCAAAUGUAGACCGGAAAUGGAAUUAAACUGGUCUGAAACGCGGGUGCUCUCUCUUCGGCUGAUUCGAUCCGAUGAAAAAUCUAUUGCCCGAUCGGUUAUGCAGAUAAUAUAGCUACAACCAAGUGAAUAUUUUUUCUGUAUUCAGAUUAUUGGCAAGAAAAAAUAAACCGUAACUUCAAAAAUCGUACGAACAGCCUGCGUCUCACCGAUAGAGAAGUUUCUGAAUGUUUGACGAAUUGGUCGAAUAAUAAUUAUUAUGUUUCAAUACUGACGCGGAUUGUUAGGCAACGUAUGACGCGUCUGCCGUACAAUAAUAUACUUACACACGUAGUUUGAAUAACUGCCGCUUUGUUUAUCCGAUUGGAAAUCGUUCAUAAUAAGAUCAUUGACGUUCCUUUGGCAAAAUUGAGAUCACCGAUAAAUCUGGUAAUACCUGUUAUUUGUCGUACAACCACCUGUGCAAUCCGUCGAACGUUGGAUUAAAUUCGUUCGACAAAAUCUUAGAUCAUCGGAUACGAUCAACGAAUAUUGAUUCGAUACCGAUCAUUUUCAACCGUUGGUUUAUUGGAAAAUAUAACUUGUGCGGGGAAAAAAAAUGCGCUAGUAUUUAGUGCCGUAUCAGCGUUUGACGAGAGACGGGAUUUUGAUAAGAGAAUCCGCUGAAUAAACGUGCCGUAAGUCGAAUAGUUUAAUAUAGACCAGAUCGACAGGAUGCGGAGUACAGUGACCAGAAUUUUGGCGUUUACUGCCGUUUUAGUCAACGCUGUAGUUUCACUGCCAACUAAAAAAGAAACUGCAGCGAUUACCGAUGCCCAAGAGUUCGAGGCAGCACAUAUCGGGCUGAUUAUUUCCCCGAUACUCACGGCGGAUGUUAUCCGUGAAAUUGAAGUUUACUGGAGCCACGAGUGCUUUCGAUUAGGAGAUUCGAUCGCUAUCUACACCGAAGAUCCUUCCGAAGAUGCUGAACCGAUUUUCACAUUCAAACCGAUCGGUGCGAACGGAAUUCAGAAGACUGGAAUCGAGGCUAAUUUCGUUCCGGUCUCCAGUCUGACUUUCGAAAGACAAUGUCUAGGAUAUCACGUUGCUUGGUUGCGGGAUGAGAAAAUCAUGAAGACCAACUGUUUGGAGACCCGACCAAACUGGAUGGCCGAUAGACGAGAAGAGUUGGCUUCGAAGCGAUUUCGCGACAUAUUUCUACCAGGUUCUCACAACUCGGGUUCUUAUGUCAUAACCGAAGAUCCCACGGCGGAAACUCUGGUCGCCAAAUAUGUCAUUUGCCAGGACGAGUCCGUUUUGGCUCAACUCAUUUACGGAGUUCGAUAUCUCGACAUCAGGGUUGGAUAUUACGGCGGAACGGACUCGUCGUGGUGGAUAAAUCACGGAGUUAUAAAGGUCGUCGAAUUGCAGGAUGUAAUCGACGACGUGAAAACGUUUUUGAAUAACACGAACGAAAUCGUAAUAUUUGACGUCCAAGAAUUCCCUGUAGGUUUCGGGACCGACUUAACCGUCCACAGACGGCUGGUCGCCUACCUCGAGGAGCAAUUCGCUGAUUAUUUGUUGCCAAAAAGCUACGGAUGGUCAACUACACUAGAAUCAAUUUGGGCUUCCGGAAGACGACUGAUAAUCGGUUACGACGAGAGCAACGUCGUACCUCUUUACGACACGAUUUGGCCGUGCGUUACUCAUCAGUGGGGUAACGUCAGGACGAUGUCUGAUCUCUAUUUUUACCUCGUCAGCAUCGAGACUAACGCCCGAAGCGCAUCGACGAUUAGGCCUAGAUCAGCGAUGGCACAAUUGACUCCUAACACGUGGGAUAUCCUUUUAGAUCGAUUUGGUGGUCUGCGGCAAAUGGCCGAAGACAUUAAUAUAAAUGUUACAACGUGGUACAACACCGAGUUCCCAGAUACUGCUAAUAUCGUAGCUGUCGAUUAUUUCAAAAGCACCGGGAUCGUUGAGACUGCCAUUGAAUGGAACGACAAACGCUUUUCCAACUCCUCAUCUACCGCGUAUACUUGCUCUAAAAAAUAGAUGAGAGAAAUUUCCAAUUCUUUCUAUUUCCUCACCAAUAUCAGUGAUCUUAAACCGAGCACGUAGCUUGUAAUAAGAGCGUUCGUGAGUCGCAAUUACGAUCGAUUAUACAUCAGUCCAGAUAAAAAGUCGACCUUCAAAACUGAGUUAGAUUCCGCGUCGCAAACGGUACACGUCAGAGAACGUGCCUGAAUUUUCUCAAUAGCAAUGGAUAUAUAAUACGUAAUUAUUCAUGCAUUUACGAGUAUAGAUUUGUGCAUGAUAAUUACGCGACUCGAAGUUAAAUACCUCCACCUUUUGCCUGUGAGUUUAUAAUAGUUCUAUUUCUAUUCAACGUUCGGAAACUGUACAUACGUAAGAGACAGGGAAUAAAUUUUAUCGAGAACUUUGUACCUUAUAAUA